AUGUCGUCGACCCCGCCCAAGAAGGACGGUGUGGAACCGCCUCAGUCGCCUGACGACGACCACCACAUGGACAGGAACGCUGAGGAUACACAAGCCCACGCUCUCGGCUACGAAUUCGAGGUCAAGGAGCAGGACCGAUGGCUGCCAAUCGCAAACGUCGCCCGCAUCAUGAAGACGGCCCUGCCGGAGAACGCAAAGAUUGCCAAGGAAGCAAAAGAAUGCAUGCAAGAGUGCGUGAGCGAGUUCAUCUCCUUCAUCACCAGCGAGGCCUCCGAAAAGUGCCAGCAGGAGAAGCGCAAGACGGUCAACGGCGAGGACAUUCUCUUCGCCAUGACCUCGCUGGGCUUCGAGAACUACUCCGAGGCCCUCAAGAUAUACCUGUCGCGGUACCGCGAGACCCUCCUCGCAAAUCAGAACAAGCCUACCGGCCCAUUCGGUGCGCCUGGGUCCAGCGCCAACCCGUCCGCCGGAGAGAACGCCCAGCAGCAUGUUCUGAGCGCCGACCAAGACAUGGCCGACGACGGCUCCACCGCCUUUGGCUACAGCGUCCACAACGGAAACGGCUCCGCCGACUACUAG